CUUGGGUUUUUCAAUGAACCCUCGUCUCUCUCACAAAACCGCUCAAACACCGCCUCUCAGACCUCUCUCUCGCGUACUUUCUACCUCAAAGUCGCUCAUCAACGAACCCUCUCACGCUCUCAAACUCAAAGAAUCACUCUCUCUCAACUCUCACGAUAUCUCCAUUAACAAGCAAGUGAAAAGGAUAAAAGGAAAAAAGGAGAAGCUCUUACAAAGUGUCACGGCGGUGGUGAAAGGCGUGAAGAAGCUGGCCUCCCAAUCCAGCUUAGGGUUUCGAAUUGGUGCCCUUGUGUUCAAAAGCGUAUCUCUGCAAAAUCCUCUUUGAUGUUCUCUGCUAACAAUGGACGGCGAAGAAGAAGAUGAACAAGUGAUAGCUGAAGAAGUUGAAGCCAUGAAAUCCGUUUAUGAAAACGAUUGUACCAUUCUCAAUUCCAUUCCUCCUCACUUCCAUUUAUCCCUCAAACCCAGAACCGCUGAUGUUUCUUCUCACCAGUUUGUAGAAAUUGUUCUUGAGGUACAUGCAACUCCACAGUAUCCAAAAGAACCUCCUUCUGUUGCUAUUGUGGAUUGCAAGGGUUUGGAUCAACAUAGACAAAAGCAUUUAUUGAAUCAUAUUCAAACUAAAGCCAACGAGCUUUCCCCUGGAUUAAUGCUCGUAGCUCUUUGUGAGGUAAUCAAUCAACUUAUUGUUUUAUUUAUGAUGGAGGAUUAG